AUGUCAUGUCCGGGCAGCGCGGCCCCGAGCGCCUUCCUGAUGGAGCCGCUGGCGCGGCCCGAGCCCUUCGCGCCGGGCCCGGGGCUCUUCGCGCAGCCCGGCGAGUUCCCGGCGCUGCGGAGCUGCCAGAAGCGCGACGAGGCCUCGCUGGGCUCCUUCCCGUCCUACCUGGCCCAGCUGGACGCUUGGGCCGAGCCUAAGGGCGCCUUCAGGCCGGAGCCGCUGCCGAGCUGCGCCUUCCCCGGCAGCGUCAAGGAGGAGAGCGGCUGCUGCCUGUUCGCCGAGAAAGCGCCCAAACCCGCCCAAAACGCCGCGUUCUCCGCCGAGCCCUGCCUGGGCCAGCCCGAGGCAACGGCGGCCGCGUUUUACCGCUACCCCGAGCUGGAGAAAAGCCCCGAAAGCGCGGAAUUCCAGCCCGGCUUCCGCGGGGAGCGCCUGGAGGCGGCGCCGGCCGCCGCGGCCGAGCGCGGGUCGCCCCAAUUCGCGCCGAGCUUCCCCCAAAACGCGGCCGCGGAGGGAGAAAUCAAAUCGGAAAAAGCCAAAGCGAGCGCGGGAGAGGCGGAGAAGGAGCUGGGGAAAAGCACGGACGGCGGCAGCAGCGAGAAUUCCGACAGCGAGGCGAAAGAGGAGGCGAAGGCGGAGGGCGCGGGGGGGACGUGGCUGACGGCGCGCAGCGGGCGCAAGAAGCGCUGCCCCUACACCAAGCACCAGACGCUGGAGCUGGAGAAGGAGUUCCUGUUCAACAUGUACCUGACCCGCGAGCGCCGCCUGGAGAUCAGCCGCAGCAUCGCGCUCACCGACCGCCAGGUCAAGAUCUGGUUCCAGAACCGGCGCAUGAAGCUCAAGAAGAUGAACCGCGAGAGCCGCGUGCGCCAGCUCAGCGCCGGCUUCAGCUUCAGCUGA